AUUCCUCAUCAGACUCAACCCAGCCCCCCGAGUUUUAUACUGUGCCACCACUGCUUUUACUCUGUUGGUAUUUCUACUUCAGUCUUCUUCGUCUAUUACCAUGCCACUCAGACCAAUUGAUAACGCUCUUCCGACGACAACAAAGGGGCCUAGGAAGCAAUCGAAAGUUGUUCAGCCGGCCACCAAACAAUCUGAACGUCCUCUGAAUGACGAAAAUCAGACUCCGAUCCAGCCAUCCGGGGAUGCUGCCAUUGAUUAUAUCUCCUCAAAGGAUCUUAAACCUAUAUUCGACCCUGAAGCAAGGAUUCAAGGUUUAAUCGAAGAUUUGGAUUCGAAAAAUUGGCUCAAUGUCUGCGAGGCUUUGAACGAUGUCAGGCGCUUCGCAUUGUACCACUCAUCUCUUCUGCUCCCGGAAUUGGGGAAACUUGCAUCGGUGGUGGCGAAGACAAUGAAAAAUCCUCGAAGUGCUCUAUGCAAAACCUCUAUCAUGGCCGCUUCUGAUAUUUUCAAAUCCUUCGGUGAUAAAUUGUUGGAUCCCUCCACCUCUGAUGCAUUUGAUAGCCUGCUGCUGCAGCUGCUGCUAAAAGCAUCUCAGGACAAACGGUUUGUGUGUGAAGAAGCAGAUAAGGCUCUUACCUCAAUGGUGGCUUCAAUAGCCCCUUUUCCUCUGCUUGAGAAACUGCGGGCAUAUGUCAACCAUGGCAACCUCCGAGUCAGGGCUAAGGCCGCCGUAUCACUCUCCAACAGCGUCUCCAAGAUGGGGCUCGAAGAAAUGAAGGAGUUUGGGUUAGCAGAGAUGAUUAAAGUGGCGGCUGAUUUGCUGAAUGAUAGACUGCCCGAGGCGAGAGAAGCUGCAAGAAGAAUAGCAACUUCUAUGUACGGGGCACUUACAAAAGACGAGGAUCAGAAGCUGGAGGCGUGGCAGAACUUCUGCCAAUCAAAAUUGCCAGCCAUUCACGCUCUAUCAGUGUUCAAAACAGUUAAUCCUUAGAGGAUACAGGAUAGUGCUGUAUCUACUUUACUUGUAGUUGCUGGCCUAAAGGCACUUUUAAUUCGGGUUGAGAAUUUCUUUACCCGCUAUAAAUGGGCUAGGAAAUUCGCAGCAUUGCGACCUGACUCAUCAUAAUUUUAGUGACGAAUUAUGGCUCUCAAACCCAAGCCUUCUAAACAAUUAUUUUUAAUUUAAAUUGGUGUGAUUGUCUUUAA